GCAGCCUGUGUACUGUGUGAUUGCUGGGGGGCUGGGGAAGGAAUACAAGAAAAGCAACUUCUGUUUCUUUGGCUUCUUGUGCAUUCGACUCCUCUCGCUGCCUUUAGCCAGCUGCUUCUGCAGUGUGUGUAUGUGUGUGCAACAUGGAGGGAGUGACUCAAAGAGAUGCUGCUGCUUUUACCAAUAUCUAUUCAGUAGCUUCCACUGCAGGGGCGAUAAGAGCUGGAGGCAAUCUUGAUGAAUCCAAAAGGAUGAUGAAGUCCUCUUUACAUGCAGAAGAAGAUGAUUUUGUACCAGAGCUUCAGAGAAGCAUUCAUCCUCGUGAAAGACCAGAUUGGGAAGAGACGCUCAGUGCAAUGGCAAGAGGAGCAGACAUUCCUGAAAUUUCUGGAGAGCUACCAUUGCGGACAUGUGGCAGCACAGCUAGCAUGAAAGUAAAGAAUGUGAAAAAAUCUACCAAACCAGGUCUGAUGGACUAUGAUUCCUUUAACAGGUUAUCUUUUACCAAGGGCCACUUUCCAAAGAUGGCUGAAUGCGCACACUUCCAUUAUGAAAAUGUGGACUUUGGAAAUAUUCAGCUUUCACUCCCAGAAGAACAGAAUGAAGUAACAAGGAAUGGCUGUGAAUCCAAGGAACUUGUCUACCUUGUGCAAAUUUAUUGUCAGGGGAAGAGCUGGAUUGUGAAGCGGAGUUAUGAGGAUUUCAGAGUGCUUGAUAAACAUCUUCACCUAUGUAUUUAUGACCGGCGCUUCUCUCAGCUCUCAGAGCUACCUCGUUCUGAUGCCUUGAAGGACAGUCCGGAGCUUGUCACCCAGAUGCUGAUGGCUUACCUGUCACGACUCUCAACCAUUGCUGGCAACAAGAUAAACUGUGGUCCUGCCCUCACAUGGAUGGAGAUUGAUAACAAGGGGAAUCAUCUCCUAGUACACGAGGAAUCGUCCAUUAAUGUUCCUGCUAUUGCAGCUGCCCACGUUAUUAAAAGAUAUAUUGCUCAAGCAGCAGACGAACUGUCCUUUGAGGUAGGAGAUAUUGUAUCAGUUAUCGACAUGCCUCCAAAAGAACUGACCACAUGGUGGAGGGGAAAGCAUGGAUUUCAGGUGGGAUUCUUUCCUAGUGAAUGUGUUGAACUAAUUAAUGACAAAGUUCCUCAGUCUGUAACCAAUUCCGUGCCAAAGCCAGUGUCAAAAAAACACGGCAAGCUCAUUACUUUCCUGCGCACAUUCAUGAAGUCUCGGCCAACGAAACAGAAACUGAAGCAACGUGGGAUCUUAAAGGAGAGGGUGUUUGGCUGCGACCUCGGAGAACAUCUUCUCAACUCUGGCCAUGAUGUCCCACAGGUCCUCAAGAGCUGCACUGAAUUCAUUGAAAAGCAUGGCAUUGUCGAUGGCAUAUACCGUCUAUCUGGGAUUGCAUCCAAUAUCCAGAAGCUACGGCAUGAAUUUGACUCGGAGCAAAUCCCUGACUUGACAAAAGAUGUAUAUAUUCAGGAUAUACACUGUGUGGGUUCACUGUGUAAGCUCUAUUUCCGAGAACUCCCAAAUCCUCUGCUCACCUACCAACUCUAUGAGAAAUUUUCAGAUGCGGUGUCUGCUGCCACAGAUGAAGAACGAUUAGUUAAAAUUCAUGAUGUCAUCCAGCAGUUACCCCCACCUCACUACAGGACACUGGAAUUCCUAAUGAGGCACUUGGCUCACCUGGCCGAUUAUUGUACCAUCACAAACAUGCACACUAAGAACUUAGCAAUUGUCUGGGCACCAAACCUGCUGAGAUCAAAGCAGAUAGAAUCUGCUUGCUUCAGUGGAACGGCAGCUUUUAUGGAAGUGCGAAUUCAGUCAGUAGUUGUGGAAUUCAUCCUCAAUCACGUGGAUGUCCUUUUCAGCUCCAAACUAAGCUCUGUUAUUCGAGAGAGUGCAGGUCACAGUUCCUUGUCACGUCCUAAAUCCCUGCUGGUAUCUUCUCCCUCCACAAAGCUGCUCACCUUGGAAGAAGCACAGGCGAGGACUCAGGCCCAGAUAAAUUCCCCUAUAGUGGCAGACAGCAAGUACAUCGAAGUGGGUGAAGGGCCUGCUGCUCUACAAGGAAAAUUCCAUACUAUCAUAGAUUUUCCAUCUGAAAGAAAGAGACCACCCAGUAAGAUGAAGAAAUCCCCCGUUGGCAGCUGGCGCUCUUUCUUUAACCUGGGGAAAUCAUCUUCUCUCUCCAAAAGGAAACUGCAACGCAACCCAAGCGAGCCCUCCGAAAUGAAAGCAAUAGCCCUAGCAGGAGGGCGAGGGGACAGUGGGACCUUACGCUCAGCUAAAAGUGAAGAGUCCCUCUCAUCUUUGCAUGCUAUAGAUGGCGAAUCUAAACUGUUUCGGCCCCGAAGACCAAGAUCUAGUAGUGACGCUUUGUCGGCUUCUUUUAAUGGGGAGCUCUUGGGGAACAUGAACCGCUGCAACUCCUAUGAUAACCUGCCCCAUGACCAUGAGAGUGAUGGAGAUGAGGGGCAUAUCCAUGUUCCGGCUCUCAUCUCUCCAAGGUCAGCCGAAGAUGUUGACCUGAGCCCACCUGAGAUUGGUGUAGCCAGCCUGGAUUUUGAUCCCAUGUCUUUUCAGUGCAGCCCACCAAAAGCAGAGUCUGAGUGUCUCGACAGCAGCACCUCCCUGUUGGAGUCAGUAGACUUUAAUAAAGACAAACAAAACAUCUUCAAGAAGGAGCUAGACUCAGGCAGCCAGUGUCAGACUCCUUGCAGUGCCACCAGCUCUGAGCCAGUUUCCCCCUAUCAAGAGAAGACCAUGAGUCCCUUCUUCGCUCUAGACUUGAGCCCAACUGAAGAGAAACCAUCCAAGCCCCAGUCUUUCUCUGAGAAGGUUGCCCAUGCCUUCUCUCCCAAGUUGGGACGAAAGCCGGUCAGAUCUCCUCCACUGAAUAUAUCAGAGCCAGUCUCCUUUACUCUACCCAGCCGGAUGCCAGAUGUUGUCAUCGGAGGGAGUGCAGACCCUUCUGACUGGACUAAAGGAAAUGCUGGCACCACUGAAGCCACAAGCAUGCCCCUACCCCAGUUGAUAGUAUCACCUUUGAAAGCUAAUGAGGUGAGACCAAGUGAAGGGUACCCACAAGAGUUCCAGAACCAGGGAGAUGCUAAGAAGUCAGAGCUUCAAGAAGAGGUGGAUCCACCCAUGCCCAGCAGCAGCCAGAGUAAGCCUGUACCUUCUGGACAGACACAGCCAGGAGCAGUUGCCCUCGACUCCCCCCAGGAUCCUGUUCCAGUCAAUUCUGUCUCUGUUGUCCCUCCUCCUCCUCCUCCGAAAAAUGCAGCACGCAUACUAGCCUUAGCCCUAGCAGAGUCUGCCCAACAAGCCUCUGUUCAGUCCCAGAAGAAACCAGAUGUUCAUUCUGAUUAUAUCAGCUUUGCAGAGACGGAGAGCGGAGGAACUAUAGAAAAGUUCCAUCCAUAUUCUAGUGUUGCUACAGAAAAACUCCACCUCUAUGCUGCCCUGCCAGAGAACCAGCUCAGUUUUCAGGCUGCUGCACCUGGAGAUCACCACAGAAGUGAAUUACCAUUGGAUCAGGGCCUCCAACGCAGUGGCAUGCCUGAGGGCAGCAAUCACCUACUUGUUAGCACCCUUGGACACCGGGACCAUCCUCUUCCCCAUACCGACAUGUCUGGAGACCUUCACAGUGGCACUAACAUGGGCUGGGACCACUCCCACUUCCACCCAUGCAUGAUGGGAGAUGCACAGCCUCUUGCUCAUUCUGUUGUAACGGAGGAUCAGAACCAAGCUCAUCCCUGCGCUAGAGGAUUCGUUCAAUCAGAACCACCCACGACAGCGAUACCUGUAGAAAACCCACACCACCACACUUGUCUCCCUUUGGAUAAGAACCAAAUCCAUUCCAACAAGCUUCAUUUUCCAGUCUGCACCGCAGACGACAAACUCCCGUUUCCUUCUACAACUACUGGAGAGAAAACAGCUACAGCAGUUCUGGCAUACAUAAUAAAGAACCAGACAGCAACAGCUGAAGCUGAUCUUGGCAUGUCCAGCCAGAAUAUGCCUCCUCAACCUACCACAGUCGCCAACAGCAACGCGUGGGGUGAAAUGGAUCUCAUGACUGCUCAUCCUGCUCUUGCCGGCAAUCACCAAGUUGCAGUACAGAGACCGGGCGAUCAUCAGCCGGCUGUGGGACAAGCUCCAGCUACCGCUGCUAAAAUUUCAAGUGGCUUCAGCCAGGUUCGCGGGGAGGCAACUCCGGAGAAAGUGCUGGAGCCUAGAUCAGCUGAGCCAGCUCCCGUUUUCGUCGCAGAGGGCAGCGCCGCAAUCCAGUGUACUUCAGCCACUCCUGUAGCCACGUUCCACCCAGGGCAUUUGGAAAAGCCCCGAGAGAAUGCCAGGGCUCCCCCUUUGCACCCGAGGUCUGAAUCUGUCCCAGCUCAAUCCUCGUAUGGAUUUACCCCUCCAAUCCCGCCUGUGAGAACGAUGGAGAGUAAAAUUGCAGCUGCGAUGCAUUCGAACAACGUCGAUGCAAUGAAUCCUGCCGGUUACCAUUCCUUCAUGGCUUCCUCCGCGCUGCAGCCGUCAGUAGAAGAUGCUCUGCCUCCACCUCCGCCACCUAAACAAGCCUCUCUUCAGUCUGCCUAUUUCUCUCAUUCCAAGUCGGAGAGCUCCUCUGAGCCCCCGGCGCCUGAGAACUACGUUCAUCACAAACCUGCGUCCAUCCACCAGUACAGGGCUGAAAGCAUCCCUGCGCACCUCUAUCACAGCAAGUCUGAGCAACAUCCGGGCUACCCUUCUCUGUCGGAGACCCCUACUUCCAUGGGUCCCAGGUAUAACACGUAUGCCGCCCAAGGGAAGAGCUCAUCUGUCCAUCACUCCAAGCCUCGCAGCCGGGUGGAGUACGUGUCCUCCAUGAGCCCAACAAUGAGGAGCACUAGUUACGCAGAGGAGACUCCGCCCUACCCCACCAUUCGAAGGGUGCACUCCCUGCACGUGACUGCUCCCUCCACCAUCCGAUCAGUCCCCAUCUCCCGGACCGAGGUGCCCCCUGACGAUGAGCCCCUGUACUGCCCAAGGCCUCUGUAUCAGUAUAAGCCAUAUCAGCCCCAUGCAGAUUAUCAUGUCACUCAGUUGCAGCCUUACUUUGAGAACGGGCGGGUCCAUUACCGGUAUAGCCCCUACUCAAACUCCUCGAGCUCUUCCUGCUGCACUGCGGCAGACGGUGGAUAUUAUGACCUGGACCCCUAUGGGACUAUGAGGCUGAGGCAGUUCCAUCCUCUCCCAGGCAGAGAUUUCGCAUCGUACUCCAGGCUGCAGACCAAGAGUCUGUAUCGCUACCCUGGCCUGCCACCGUACCCUCGGGGAGGACUCGUUGGACACCUGGCAGGAAAGGAACACAGUUUCAUCAGCAGGGAUGUGCCACCUGCCCCAGAUGUCAAACCUAUGUAUGUCUCCUGGGAUUUGGAAGACAUGGAAAAAUACCGCCUGCAGUCCAUCCGCCGAGAGAGCCGCGCACGGCAAAAAGUGAAAGGUCCCGUCAUGUCCCAGUACGACAACGUAGCCCCUUUGUUGCAGGACGACUUACGGACUGUGGACGUCGUUCACUUGCGCAGCAAAUCCGAUCCUGGGAAAACUGGACUCCUCACUGUGGCUGAUGGGAAAGAAGGGAGAUACCCAGGCAAGGUAGGGACUGCCGAGGGGGAGGAGCGCUACUACACGUCCCAUCCGGAACCUGAUGUAGACAGAGCUCAUUACCAUGGCACCUAUGGCAAUGGGCAGUCAGAGAAGCCUUCCCUCCCUCAAAAGCAAAGCAGCCUCCGGAGCAGGAAGCAACAUGACGUCGGUUGUAAUUCGGCUGAGCACAGAACGCACCUGGCGCAUGAAGCGAGCCAUAGGCAGCCUCUGGAUUCUAAAAACGGGGCCCCUUAUCCUGAUUACCGACCAAAGGGCCACCAGGAACUACCAGACUCCAUUGGGUAUCAGCACACCAGUGGGAAGUAUGCCCCAGCCUGCCAUGAUGCCUUGAGACUGAAUCAUAAAGAGGUGAAGCUGGCGGAGGACAGGCCUGAAGUAGAGCGACCUCGACCCAGGCCAUCUGCUGCUGCUGCUGCUGCUGCUGAAAAGCACUCCAGAGACUGCUAUAAAGAGGGGGAGCACUACGGACAGCCCACGGCACCACCCCCGAAGCCAGAACGGAGCCACAGCCUCCGACUCCAACAUCCUGAGAGCGUAGAGCGGGACGCUGGCCUCCUUUACCCUUACCAAACCCUUGGCAAACGCCAAAGCACUAUGACUGUGGUGUCCCAGUACGAUAAUUUGGAUGAUUACCAUACCAUGCCUCAGCACCAAAGAGGAGGGGGCUAUGCCGGAGGAGGGGGGUUUGUGCCCCCUUUUGCUCAUCCACAUAGUAGGACUUACGCCACAGCCUUGGGCCAGGGAGCGUUCGUUCCCACAGAGCUCUGCCUACAGAGGCCUGAGACAGAGAUCCAUGCAGAGUGAGCUCGGGGUCAGAAGGGAUAGAGUGUAAGCAGCCUCUGCUGGACAGUGGACUGGUUUAUUUUUUCAAUGACACACAACCCCCCCGUCCUCCCCACACCCAUCGAAGCAAACUACUACCCUGCGCCCCCACUCAGCUCCUGCCCCCCCCAUGCUGCUUCCUGUUUUUUAUAUAGUAAAUGUAUAGUUUUCUCUCACGUCGUUUAAAAGUAGGUUGCAGAAAUCAUGUAGGUUUUCCUUUUCGUUAAACUUGAAAACAAAGCCAGUCUCCGGGAAGAAGAGAAAAGCGAGACACAGGGGUUGGGCUGUGAAUGGUUCUCACUUCCCUUCGAAUUCGAACAACGGCAAUUCUCAUACCUUUGUCACUCUCCUUCAGAGCCCUGUGCAUGAUGUAUGUAUUGAUAGGUCGAUGCAGACAUUUCUUCUCCAGAUAAACGUCCCUUGUAUGUGAUCACUAGAGAAAGAUUUAUGAAGUGACAAGCUUUGGUAAAUACUUUUAACUUGGUCCCUUCAGGCUUAACGUAUCAAACUCUGGGGAAAAGAUGAUUUCCCACUAUUCGUUCCUUUCUACUUUUCUUUUCUUUUUUAAACACUUGACACCUUUCCCCUAAAAUGUAUUUUCAUUGCUUGUUAAGAUCCAGCCCAAUCAGAAAUUGGUCAAUCAAAAAAUUGAUAUCAGUAAGAACAGGAUGUGAUCCCCGGAGGUGGGGAAGGAAGACAAAGAGGUGUUUUCCAGUUAAGUAUUUUCUCUUAAGAAAUACAUAACAGGCUGCUUCACAGCAUUACUAUUGUUGUAAAUGGAGCUGUGUUUUGACAAGCCUAGCAGAUUCUUUUAUUUUAAAAGGCAACCAUCCUUUUUAAAGCAAAAAUUUUUAUGGCAAAUGCUUUUCCUGCACAGUCCUCUAAACAUUAGAUUAUCCAGGGGUCUUUCUGCUGGGUGAGUCUCGCUGAAAUAUCAGGAGUUGCAGAAGAGGUGCGCUCUGGUGUAACGCCCAGUAAUUUCAGUAGGCCUACAGGAGAGCCAUGGUGCAUUCUCUGUGAGAAGGGGACAAACUGUUUUAAGUCUUUACAUUGGACCUAAACUCCAUCAUCGGUUCACAAAGAAAUUCUAUAGUAAUACCUGAUUUGGAGAGUCAUAAAUUCCUCACGUUCCUCACCCCUGCACUAAGGUAAACCCUGUGCUAUACAUUUAGAUUGAUGAUGCUGUGUAUACCCUCUGCUGCAUCAUUAUUUUCCACAUUUUUUUAGAUAGCUGUGGAAACACAAUUGCAUAUUAGUUUGCUUUUCUGGUGAAGUUAUAAAUAUGCAGUGCUUUUACACAUAAUGUCCUUACUGGAGCAGAAGCCGGUAGAAGCCUCAAGGCUCCCACUUUGAACAGCAGAGGCUCUAGCUAUGCAGCCGCCUUGUCAAAAACAACAACACAAAAAACAUACAACAUUCCACUAGGCAAGAUAUAGAGAUUUUACUUGAUUUCAUGAACUUGAAAAAAGUUACAAAACGGCUAGAAUCCAUUCCAUGUACAGGGUGCUUUCUUCUUCUGGAUCGCCAUAGCAGCUUAGCUGAAUUGGAAUCCGCAGGAAGCAACUGGAGCAUCUCUCUGUAACCUAGGCUCCUGCUGCGAACACGGGCGGCGAAGGUUGCUGCAAGGAAGGAACCUGUGUCAAAUCGUCUCGGAACGAAAGUUUUGUUCACUGACAUUCCAUGCUUUUAAGUAAUAAAAUACUUUUUACAGGGGCACAAAGCACUUCUCAAAGGCAACAUGUCAUUUGGCUCUUUGGAUUUCCCAACCGUGACCAGGUUUGUUCCAAUAAGAAUAGGGUGACUCUUCUUGUGGUGAUCUACAUUGUCUUAAACAUUGAAUUAUUUUUAUUUUAGUAGUAUUGUUCCUGAAUGUGCUAAGUGUAAAUUUAGUGGCCAGAAAACUCACUGUGAACCAGGUUUACCUCAGCCUCCCCUUCCCCUUGUGAGGAAGUUAUGCAUUGUUUGUUUUGCUAUGAAAAUGAGAAAUGUUUAGAUAGGGCCAUUCCAACCUGCCAGUUGUGUGAAGAAGCAAGCUAGUUUUGCUAUCUGGGACAGUCAUUCCUUGGCAGAUACUAACAAGUGAAGUCCAACUGGCCCACAUAGGCUCCCCCCGCCAGUAGCCCCUUAAUUUUGGCAUCCAGCCAUUUUGAGUUCUUCACCCUCUCAACAAUAGCUGUGUAGCUCUAGCUUAUAUUGGUUCCCUCUAGGGUUAAAGCAGAGACAUACCAUAGAGUUUAGGAUAUUUAAGGUUCAGGUAGUGAGGACUGCAGGGCAAACCUUUGUCUUCAUAAAAGCCUUAAUUUUCCUUGUAUCCUCUCCAUACGUCAGCCUUGUGAUGUCUACCCUCCAGGUACGAUCAGAACCAAGGUAACGAAUCUGUAAUUUCUGCAGAUUGUAUGCCUAACAGAACUGAACAAAACCCUGAAAUUGAAAGCUUUUUCUCGUCUCAGAUCUCAUCUCCCUGUGGAGAGAAAGGGCCCACAAAGGUUGGCUUUUGAGUGCUCACUUCUUUCAAACAUAGCAACAACUACACACUUGAGUCCUUCUGGUCAGUGUAUCCCACCAAAGCAGUUUCAAAACCAGACCUUGAAUUCAGUCUUCCCUUGCUUAAUGCAUGCUCAAAUGCUUUGUUCAUGUCAAGCCACCAAUAUGAUUUUUGGGGCCAUUGGUCCGGAACCUUCUGUGUAGCAGUACAACCUUGACCAUAAAAAGAAGCAAUUAAACUAAGAAAGGUUUCCUAAGCUUGAAGGAGCCGUGACAAUCACCCUGUUCUGUACAUUUUGCCAGUGGCCUGCCCUGAGCAGCUGAUCACUUUUUUAAAAUCGUAUUUCUCUCACCUAAGUAAGCCAUAAAAUUAACUAUGCAGUCUUGCUCAUGUACUGUGGUUAAUUUUGAAGCUCUCUAACCUUUCGAGAUGAGCCUCUUUCUCCAUUUUUUGUGUUUGUUGUUGGAAUCCAGCCACAACUCUACUCCCACAAGUGAAGGAACAGUAAUCUCCACUAAUCUAAAGAUUGCUAAAUGGUACAAAGUACACUGAGGACGAAGUGGUUAGGUAUAAUCCCAUGAGUUGGUAGAGUAGGGAACACACACACCCCUCCACAAGGGAAGACAAACUGAGUGAAGAAUGUAACUAUUGGCCAUAAAUCCUAGCCUUUAUCAGCGGUAGUAAUUUGAUCUAUAGUCUAAAGAUUCUGAUGAGAACAUGAAUUCUUAACUUUUCUUGCUGCUCACUGCCUUUAUCUUAAUUGCCAUUUGCUGAUCUUUCAACGGAGCCCCCCCCCCCCCCGAUUCAUAUUUCGGCUGUACUUGAUGUACUCACAUUCAAAUCCAAGUUUUCAUGUCUGCUCGGAGAAAAAUUGGGACCCUUUCAUUAUAGCAGCGUUAAACUGUAUGGUUGUUCAUAACUUUUACAUGUUUUAAUCUUGUCGCAGUUUUAUGCAGACGACAGUGAAAACAUUGUGCCUAUGUCUUUGCUGACAUGAUCCAGGGAGGGGGCUUAUUACUUGGAGGAGAUUACAACGAGAAUUUGCACAGUCGUGGCAGAAAUUGCCACAAACAGCCAAAAUUUGCUUGAAAUAAUGUUGCUCGCUUUCAGCUAGAAUAUUUUGACCCUUGUGUACUCGGGUUCUCCCCCCCCCCCAUUCAUCUCAUUUGGUACGUUGAUUACAAAGUGUUGGUUGACUGCAGCGUGGAAUUAUGUGUUAAGGGAAUGGAAUUGUAGAGUUCUAGGUUUUCUGUUUUACUUUUUAAAGGUGGCUUUGGCAUGACACUUUCUCCAGAACCUUGUGCUAUGGAAACUGAUGUAAUGGGCAUGUUACCGUUCAACAUGUGCUCAGUAACGUCAGUGUCUCCAGUAAGUUUUAUAUUGUAUAGUUUCAGUGCAAAACGAACAAGAAAUGGUUGUUGUGCAGUUUAUUUUCCUACUGUGGGAAACACAAGUCGUCCUUUUUGAGCCACAUCAGAGAACCACCCCAGAAAGACUUGGGUGAUCUCUAGGUGUUUUCUUCUCUUUAAUUUAUAUAGUGUCUUAUUUUUUAUUCUUUAUUUUUUACUUUUGUGUGUGAGAACUGGUGUAAAAUGUAUAUGCCGAUGAGCUCAUGUUCUUUUUAAUGUAAAUAUUUUUGUGACUUUUCACUCCCACCCAUCCCUUGUAAAUAUUUAGAUUCUCAUUUUCUCCACACUGUACGGGGCGGACGUGUUUGGUUUAAUUUUGUUUUGUUUUUUGUUUUUUUGUUUUUUAAUUUGUACUGUAAUGCUAUGAUCAGACUUGAGGUGUCUUGUGCUAUUAAAAAACAACAACCUAACAGCCCCACAAAACUCAGAUGUACAACUCAACAAUUAAUGAA